AUGUCUACUUCAGGAAGAGGUUCAAGCCGUGCCAGACCCACACGUCGCUCACAACGCCAGGUGACUCCUGAUGAAGACAUCCGCGGAGCGGCACUUGGCCUUCGUGCACAACUCGUGCAGAUGCGAGACGAUGCACACGCGAAUCUGGCUGGCCAUCGACAAGGACAGGUUGUUCUGCAACAGGAGAGGGCAGCUUUCAAUGCGACAGUAGCUGCGAAGUUGGCUGCCAUGCAAGCUGCUGCGAGUGAUGAUGAUACUGUGAUUCCGUCGUUGCUGACAGGAGAUGUGGAAAGAGACCAGCCCGGCGAAGACACAAGAAUGGUACAAGACGUGGGUGUACAUCAUCAGGAGCCCGCUACUACUGAUCUCGACCCACAAGUAGAUCAAUCGAUCGAGGACCUCCCAGGUGCAGACCAAUCCGCCAUAACGGACGGACCAAUCCACGCCGAGACUUCCGAAGAUGCUCAUCAAGAGGAGGCGAGCGAAGAAGAAAAAGCACUACAGCUCAGAACCAAUCAGUUCGUGCUCUCGAUGGACUGGGAUGCUGUAGCCGCAGUCGCUUCGAAAUUUCGAGGAGGUGAGCUCUGCAAGUUCGGCCAGGCGCAUCGGGUUGGCCACUUCAAUCUCGUCAGGGGCGUCCAUUUCGACAAUGGAGUGAGCUGGGUCGUUCGAUUGAGGCUGCCCGCUCUUUCCUCUGUCUUUGGUGAUCGAGAGGCGAUGGAUGUUGAGAGUGUUAUGAGAAUGGAGAUUGCGACGACCAAGUUCUUGAGGCAGAAGACCACCCUACCCAUUCCCGAGAUCGUCGCAUACGACCUCAAUCCCGACAACGAACUCGGAACGCCUUACAUGUUCAUGCAGUACAUCUCAGGUGAUCCCGCAAAGGAGCUGGCGGAGAAGAGAGGAUGUCAAUACGGCACAUACGGCACCCCAGCUCAAAACGAGCGCUUCUGGCGACGAGUGGCAGAAAUCCACAUCGAGCUCGCAAGUAUUCAAUUCGACCAAAUCGGAAGCUUGUACGAAGACGGCGACGGCUUCAAGAUUGGUCCUGAGCUCGAGACUGGUAAAGGACCAUGGAACACGGCUGAAGAGUAUUACAAGGACCUCGCCGGGCAGGUCUUCAUCGCUGCGGAUACUGUCACCGACCCUCUUCUUCGCCAGCAUGAGUCAUUCGACUACAUCCCCAAGAUGUUUCCUACCCUGAUGCAGCUUUACGGCAAGCCGGGACAAGAGGGUCCUUUCAGUCUCGUCAAUCGUGAUCUAGGGCCUCACAACCUUCUCGUUGAUAAUGAGUUCAACAUUGUUGGCGUUAUUGGUUUCGACGGCGUCAUGGCUGCUCCUGUUGAAGUUGUCGCUCAGAUGCCUGCGCUGAUGGGUAUGGGUCUGCAACCACCUGGCCAUGUCGAGAUGAAUCCUUUGCAUCUGCAGACAAUCCAGGAACAGUCGCCGCGGCUGGAGGCUUAUGCUCGGAUUUUUGGUGAAGCUGCGGAUCGCAGGGCUCUGUGGGUCAAUGAGAAGUGGUGGGAGGGUUACAAGAAGUUGUAUCUGGCCAAGCAGGGUGUGGUUGAUGGCAGCGGGGAUGUGGAGAUGCAAGACUGA